GCAACACCCCUCUCUACACGCCACCAUCGCACUUGAGCAGUUCAUGCUCGAGGACAGGCGAGGAUGGGCGGAAACCAAUCUGUACCGAAGAUAACAGCCCAGGAUAAGGCUAUACUUGAUCUGAAGUUGCAGCGUGACAAGCUCAGGCAGUAUCAGAAGAAGAUCCAAACCAUUCUAGACCGCGAACAUGCCAUCGCGAAGACCCACCUGGCAAACGGCCAGAAGGACCGUGCCAUCAUUGCUCUCCGAAGACGGAAGUAUCAGGAAAGCCUCCUCGUCAAGACGGACGGUCAGCUAGAGAAUCUCGAGCAGCUGGUAUCGACCAUCGAGUUCUCACUCGUCGAGGUUUCGGUGCUGCACGGGUUGAAGCAAGGAAAUGAGGUCCUGAAGGAGAUACACAAGGAGAUGAACAUUGAGAGCGUGGAGAAACUGCUCGACGAAACGGCGGAGGCGCGCGCGUAUCAGCAGGAAAUCAGCGACAUGCUCGCUAAUAAUCUUACUGCCGAGGACGAGGACGCUGUACAGAACGAGCUCCGGGAGCUGCAGGAACAGGCAAUUCGGGAAACGCAGCCUCAGAAGGAAGUCAGUCUUCCGUCUGCGCCUACAGAGGAGCCCGUGCACGCGCCCGAAGAGGUCGAAGCCGCCGAAGAGGAGCAGCAGCAGCAGCGGGCAAGGGUUGCUGUGCCUGGCUAGAGAUGUUUCUCGCCCAUUUUCUGUAUUCAUGACCGGACUCGGUAUCGGUAUACACGUCUGGACCAUAUCAUCAUCGUUCUCGUAGUGUCCAGUCUGAGGGUACGGACAUCGUCUCCCCACACAUCUACCACGCCUCGAAGUUCCCAAACCCAACCUUCCGCUUCUUCUUCGCGUCCUCAUCUGCCGCUGCUGGCGCGGACCUCUUCGGCGCUCCACCGCCAGCCCCUGCUAGAUUCAGAUACUUCCCCACCCCACCCCCGC